AUGACAAGAGACGGAUACAAGACGGUUCCUGAUGAAGACCACACAGAGAAAGUCAGCUGUCUAUCAUUCAUGUUCUUUCAUUGGAUCAACAAUGUGUUCAAGACAGGUAAUGAACGACCAAUAGAGCAAAGUGACUUUUUGCCUCUUUCGGAAGAAAACACGUCCUCUUUUCUAAUCGAACACCUUCAGAAAGAAUGGAACAAGGAAAAAGCGAAGUGCAAGGGAAAGAAAAAACGACCAAAACUUUGGAAAAGCGUUCUAAAACUGCUUCCUCUCAAAGAAGUGCUGAUUCUAACCGUGAACUACGCUUUGUAUUCUCUGUCACGCCUCCUGCAGCCAUUGCUUCUAGGAUUUUUUAUGGUAUCUCUGAUGUCACCAGAAUUACACUCGGUGUAUCUUUUGUAUGGUUGUGCCUUAGGCAUGGGUAUCAAUGCUUUGAUUGGUUCGCUUGCCAUGCACCACUUUGACUACAGAGGUGAAGUGUGGGGACUUCGAUUUAGCAGCGCCCUCAAAGGAUUAAUUUACCUCAAGGUAAGGAUAUGACAGUCAUUCCCGCCCUUCCCAUUUUCUAAGGAAAAAAGCCCUGGGAACGAGGUUGGAUUUUUUUUCCCUACAAGGACCUCCACAAGAAUAAACCUCUCCUUUAAUGUGAAAACUUCAGCAGCGAUCUUAGCCGCAAGAAACCAAACUUUAUUCAAUAACCUCCUGAAUGAUACGUAUAAAGAGAACACUAUAAAAUCCUUUAUGUACGUAUAUAACUAUAGUUGUCUAAACUGAAAAUUUCUUAUUAUCCACUUCCCUAAGGACUCUUUAGAGUUAUUAAUCACAUUUGUUUGCGGGGCUUUUUGCCAGACUACUUACGAUCAAUGAAGUAGCAAUUUAUGCCGGAAUACCCCCUAAUAUGAAUCUGAAUUUGACAUCGACACGACACCCAUCAGGGAUUCCGUCCCCGCAUAUAUGUUACUAAAACGGAGAACUGGGAGACGGGAACGAGCACGGGGAACAGGAAAAUGAAAAAAUGGCAACAAAGUAGAGAACUGGAAAUGAAGUUACUGAUAGGGCUGAGGUUGCAGUUAGGUUUUUUUUCCCAUCCUUCAUUUUUGCCGUUUCCCGUGCUCGUUCCCCGUUCCCCGCUCCCUGUUCCUUGUGUAGUAACAUUUCUCUGUCCCCUGCUAUCAAAGAAGAGUGUGAAGGUUUUUAGCGCCUGGGGGAGAGCCCUAUCUUAUUUGGCCUUGGCAGGUACGUGCCGCUAAAGAGAGUUAGUGUUUUAAAGAGGGUGUCGCUUCUGGACCCGAAGCCUUUAAAAGAGCGGGAAUUGGGUUGGCGAUGAGCGGUCUAUAUUUGUGGCACCAACAACAAAAAUCUAAUUCUAUGAUCGCAGUUUUUUAAACGUAAUUCUCUAUGCAAAAUGAGCCAGGGUCAUUUGAUGAGCUCUCUUGUCUUAAACAGGGUAGCGAAAGACGAUUUUUGUGCUAAAAGGGUCAUUGUUUGAAGUCCUCGGCGACACUUGUACCCAAAACUACCUUGAGUGCCGCCCCAGGCUUUUACGUUCCACAAAAUUUUUUUAUGAGCAAAGGUCGUGAGGAACCUACCGUUUAUGGCUUAACCGAGAAGACUGGUAACGCGAACCGUUUGCAGAUAAAUAACAAAGGCAGCACUUUCUCCUCAGGCACUUUAAAACCCCAAGCGUUGACCCGGCUGAGUUGUGAACAUUCGGCCUCCCUGUUCGGCAGACUUCUAUUCUUUUUCAUUGGAAUUUUAAGGCAAAUGUUUCACGCGCAGGGCUCCUGUCACGCGUCAGUGUUUAAUUGCUAAUCUUUUCGACCUUUUAUAACAAUCCUCUAACGUCUGGUAGUUUAUUUCUUUUUCAGACACUCGUUCUCACGAAGAGUGCCUUGCUAAAGUUUUCAACUGGGCACGUGAUCGACCUCAUAUCAAACGAUGUGCAACGAUUAGAAGAGGAGGCUUUCAAGUUACUUUUCUCAAUAGCUUUUACAUUUUUCGAGGUCGCCAUAGUCACAUUCUGGCUGGUGUACUUCAUCGGCUGGCAGUCAUUAAUGGGCGUUAUUUUCCUGGCUUGUCUUUCUCCAUAUUACGCUCUGCUGUCCGCUGCUGGCUCCAAGUUGCGCCUGCGCACAGCCGGGAUUUCUGACCAGCGGCUCUCGUGGAUGAACCAGGUAGUCUCUGGGAUUCGCGCCAUUAAAACAAAUGCAUGGGAGAAGGAAUACCGAGAUAGCAUUAAAAGUACACGAAGGUAGGAAAAACACAAUAAACCUUUUAGCUUGCAAGUUUUGUUUUCCCAAUUCAGACCACGUAAUGUUCUUGAGGAAAUUUACUUUGUCUUUUCAUAAAUCAUGUACAAAAAUGCAUGGUCAUCUGCUAUACAAAAGUACGUGGCUUUUGUAUUAAAAGACAACGCCCUUUCUAUGUUACGCAAAAUCUAUGUAUAUAACAUAAAGAAAGAAUGAAGUAGCCUGAGAACUGACAGCAGACAUUUCGUGCGCGACGACACCACUGGGUUUCCUGCGAAAUGACGUCCGAGGAACGAGCGCAGAGAUUCCAUACUAAUGAAGUGUAACUAGUCAGAUCUGGGUAGUGUCUGAUUGGUUGAAGCAAAAUUUCCCACACGGCGCGACCAAUAAGAAACACUAUCCAGAUCUGGGGUCAAUUUCAUAAAACUAUUACAAGUGUAAUUUACAAAUGUGGCUAUUAUUCUCAUUCUCUAAAACAAUAGCCACACUUGUAAAUUACACUUGUAAAAGUUUUAUUAAACUGGCUCCAGGAUAGCGAAAAGUCAUCAGUGGAGAAUUUAUGCGCUCAUUUCUGAGACGUUAUUUCGCGUGAAAACAACUAGUGGCAUCACGAAGUGUCAGCAGUUUUCUCAGGCUAAGAAUGAAGCGCAUCUUCUAAAAAUCAAUAUUUUAUUUACAGCCGUGAAAUAAGUAUUAUCCGAAAGAAGAGCAUCAUUUUGACAAGCUUUGCUGCCUUGGACAUGGCUUCAGUGCCAAUGGCUGCACUUGUGUCUGUUAUCGCAAUGGUAUUAACUGGGAAACAUCUGACACCGGUUAAUGUUUUCAUGCUUGUCUCUUUCAUCUAUGUAUCAAGAGUCACCUGUUCAAUUUUACUGGCCAGUGGUUUGCAAGACACAUAUGACGCGUAUGUUUCACUCAACAGAAUAGAAUAUUUUCUUUUGUUACCAGACCCAACCACGGGCACCGCUCCAGCUCUUCAGUUCGCGGAUCCCACAAGAAACAUGGAGGGGUCCGCAGCGAUGUUGAAGAGUUCUUUAUGGCAGCAUAAGGAAGAAAUGAGAGAAAACGAACAAGAUGACAUUGAUGAACAUAAAACCCGUGACACGAUGGAUACUUUGACUGUGUUAAGAUUAAGUUAUGAACAGUCAAAGCGAAAAGACGAAUUUAUUUUACAAGAUAUCGAAUUUAAGGCAGCUUCAGGGAGCUUAGCAGUCAUUACCGGGCCAGUAGGUAGCGGAAAGUCUACCCUUCUCUCAGCAAUCGCUGGCGAGGUACCAGACAAACAGGGGAACGUAAUCUGCAGAGGGGCUCUUGUUUACGCACCUCAGAUAGCUUGGGUAUUCUCGGGAACAAUUAGAGAAAACGUUUUGUUUGGCGAACCAUACAAUGAAUCCAAGUACAAAAGAGUCAUUGAAGCUUGUGCGCUGAGAGAAGACAUUCAUCAGUUUCCCGAUUGUGAUGAAACAAUGGUUGGAGAACGCGGUGAAUUGUUGAGUGGAGGUCAGCGCGCCCGAGUAAGCUUGGCACGCGCAGUCUAUGCAGAUGUGGACCUUUACUUGUUCGAUGGCCCCUUAAGCGCUGUAGAUGUCAAGGUUGGUCAACAUAUUUUUGAAAAAUGCUUCAAAGACCUGCUGGGUCAAAAAACCCGUGUGAUUGAUUCCCACCAAGAACAGCUUAUGGAAGAGGCUGAUAAUAUCAUUGUGUUGUAUAAAGGCCGUGUUUUGGGUGAAGGAAGCUUUAAUAAGCUGAAAGAAAGAGGAAUUCUGAAUGAAACUAUUGAUCCACUCUAUACCAUGAAAGUAAGCAGUGGCAAGUCAGAUCACCACCUUGAUGAAUGUAAUAAUGAGGACGAUGGUGCAUGGGACAAACCUUUCCCACCCCAGGUCAAAAACGAGGCAAAGGGUCUACAGAUAUCGGAAGAAGAUCGCAUGAUCGGAGUCGUGUCAUCCAAGCUUUACUGGAAUUACUUCAGAAGCGGGUUGAAUUCGCUGGCGAUAAUUUCAUUAUUGCUACUUUUUCUCAUCUCUCAAGUCAAGAACAGAAAUAAGACGCGAACCAUUUAUACGAGCUGUUCUCGUCUUAGAUAAGACAUGCUCGUAUAAAUGGUACAGUUCGCGUCUUAUUUAAGACGCGUCUUAUUUUUCCUCGUAUAAAUGGCCCUAUUGAGUUCCUCCUUAGACCUUUCUAUGUUACGCAAAAUCUAUGUAUAUAACAUAAAGAAUGAAGUAGCCUGAGAACUGACAGCAGACAUUUCGUGCGCGAUGCCACCAUUGGUUUUCCCGCGAAACGACGUCUGAGAAACGAGUGCAGAAAUUCCAUACUGAUGACGUGUAACUAGUCAGAUCUGGGUAGAGUCUGAUGGUUGAAGCAAAUUUCCCACACGGAGUGACCAAUCAGAAACACUAUCCAGAUCUGGGGUCAAUUUCAUAAAAAUAUUACAAGUGUAAUUUCCCAGUGUGGCUAUUGUUCUCAUACUCUAAAACAAUAGCCACACUUGUAAAAGUUUUAUUAAACUGGCUCCAGGAUAGUGACAAGUCAUCAGUAGAGAAUUUAUGCGCUCAUUUCUAAGAUGUUAUUUCGCGUGAAAACCACUAGUGGCAUCGCGAAGUGUCAGCAGUUUUCUCAGGCUAAGAAUGAAGCGCGUCUUUUAAAAAUCAAUGUUUUAUUUUCAGCCGUGAAAUAAGUAUUAUCCGAAAGAAGAGCAUCAUUUUGACAAGCCUUGCUGCCUUGGACAUGGCUUCAGUGCCAAUGGCUGCACUUGUGUCUGUUAUUGCACUGGUAUUAACUGGGAAACAUCUGACACCAGUUAAUGUUUUCAUGCUUAUCUCUUUCAUCUAUGUAUCAAGAGUCACCUGUUCAAUUUUACUGGCCAAUGGUUUGCAAGACACAUAUGACGCGUAUAUUUCACUUAACAGAAUAGAAUAUUUUCUUCUGUUACAAGACCCACCCACGGACACAGCUCCAGCUCUUCAGUUCGCGGAUCCCACAAGAAACUUGGAGGGAUCCGCAGCGAUGUUGAAGGGUUCUUUAUGGCAGCAUAAGAAAGAAAUGAGAGAAAACGAAGAAGAUGGCAUUGAUGAACAUCAAACCCGUGACACGAUGGAUACUUUGACUGUGUCAAGAUUAAGUUAUGAACAGACAAAGCGAGAAGACGAAUUUAUUCUACAAGAUAUCGAAUUUAAGGCAGCUUCAGGGAGCUUAACAGUCAUUACCGGGCCAGUAGGUAGCGGAAAGUCUACCCUUCUCUCAGCAAUCGCUGGCGAGGUACCAGACAAACAGGGGAACGUAAUCUGCAGAGGGGCUCUUGUUUACACACCUCAGAUAGCUUGGGUAUUCUCGGGAACAAUUAGAGAAAACGUUUUGUUUGGCGAACCAUACAAUGAAUCCAAGUACAAAAGAGUCAUUGAAGCUUGUGCGCUGAGAGAAGACAUUCAUCUGUUUCCCGAUUGUGAUGAAACAAUGGUUGGAGAACGCGGUGAAUUGUUGAGUGGGGGUCAGCGCGCCCGAGUAAGCUUGGCACGCGCAGUCUAUGCAGAUGUGGACCUUUACUUGUUCGAUGACCCCUUAAGCGCUGUAGAUGUCAAGGUUGGUCAACAUAUUUUUGAAAAAUGCUUCAAAGACCUGCUGGGUCAAAAAACCCGUGUGAUUGCUUCCAACCAAGAGCAGCUUAUGGAAGUGGCUGGUAAUAUCAUUGUGUUAUAUAAAGGCCGUGUUUUGGGUGAAGGAAGCUUUAAUGAGCUGAAAGAAAGAGGAAUUCUGAAUGAAACUAUUGAUCCACUCUAUACCAUGAAAGUAAGCAGUGGCAAGUCAGAUCACCACCUUGAUGAAUGUAGUAAUGAGGACGAUGGUGCAUGGGACAAACCUUUCCCACCCCAGGUCAAAAACGAGGCAAAGGGUCUACAGAUAUCGGAAGAAGAUCGCAUGAUCGGAGUUGUGUCAUCCAAGCUUUACUGGAAUUACUUCAGAAGCGGGUUGAAUUCGCUGGCGAUAAUUUCAUUAUUCCUACUUUUUCUCAUCUCUCAAGGUAAGCGACAGUUUUACAGGUUUAGAGAACGGAUUGUAUCAUCGAAAAGCCCCGAGGCGUCAUAUAUUUUCAUCAAUAUAAUGAUGAGUUAAGGACAACCCUACUAGAAACUACGGUCUCCUGGAGAGACGACGGGAAGAGAAACCCUGCGCUACUAAGUUGCAGUAUACGCUUUCGUGAGAGCACCGUACGCAUGCGCACAUUAUCACCCCUUACAUCAUCCGCUGACGCCCCCUAAGAAUAUCCAGUUUGCAUAACCGAGUCUUUCAAACGCAGCUUGUAAACUGCGUUUCAUCCGCCCCGAUCCUCUUAAAAAAUACACAAUACACAAACUCUUACGUAGCGCCGAGAUAAUUGUUGUUUUACUUCUCAAACCCUUUUGCUUUUCUAACUUGACGUUGCCGUCGCCGUCGCAGUUGUUUUAAACUGUUUUUGUCUCACUCUUUUCACAGCAUUGCUAGUUUCUCCUGAUGUAUGGCUGUCUAUUUUGACACAGAAAAGUCCAGACGAUCAGCGUAACAAGACGAAUAUAACCAUUUACGGUUGUCUGGUCACCGCAGCCUUCAUAUUUGCCAUCAUCCGUGCGCAGGUAUUCCACCUGGCUUCACUGAGAUGCUCAGAACGUCUUCACGACAAAAUGGUUGUGGCUGUUCUACAAGCCCCGGUGCUCUUCUUUGACUCCAAUCCCGUGGGGAGAAUCAUGAAUCGUUUCUCUAGAGAUAUAGGUUGUUUGGACGAAUUACUGCCUAAAACGUUUCUGCUCUCCAUUCAGUAUGCUUUGAUGAUGUCGACAGCAAUUCUUGUGCCAGCUGCCACGAAUCCUUGGCUUCUACUGGUUUUCGUACCCGCCACUUUCCUAGCUGUCUACAUUACCAGCUACUACUUGAAGACAUCUAGGGAACUGAAAAGACUGGAAUCCAUUUGUCGCAGUCCGGUUUUCUCUCACGUUUCAGAGACCCUGAAUGGACUGGACACGAUUCGGACAAGGAAAAGACAAGAUGACUUUGUGGAUCGGUUUCAUGGGUGUGUUGAAAUCUUUUUUUAUUUUUUCAUUUUUGCAUGAUAUAGUGAUUACAGACAAACACCUCGGGAAAACGGACACCUAUAGAGUUGAUCUAUGCCGCUCUUUACUCCCAGGGUUUGUGACAUCACUCUGAGACGGACCCAACGGUGUCCGUCUUCGGAGAGUCACGGCUAUCCCAGAAAAUAUCACUUCUUUCUACUCUCAAGCGCGAUUACUCAAAUGGUUUGAAGGUUAGGUUGCGUUUUUCGAGUUUAUAAUGAGACACGUUAAAUUGAACCAAAAUCCUUUUUUGACAGACAAGAAACUCUCAGCAGAUGAUUCUUCAAGUUACUAUGGCAUACACACACUCAAUGAUAUUGGCUGUUUUAAGCAAUCUAACUGGUUCGCUAACUAGGAAAAUUGAGCAUCAUUCACUACCUAGCGAGUGGAAAAUGCAUGAUCUUCAAAACAGAAACAAAAUGAAUUGAAUGAAAGAAGAUCAGAAACAAGUUAAGAAGCUUUUAACCGUUUUAUGAUGACGUUAAGAUAAAUAAGUGUGUUCUACUUUUCAAGGCAUUGCAAGGCGAAUCGCGCAUGUCUAUCAAUGAUCUCUGCCGUACAAGCCUGAAAUUUUUUUUCAGGCUUUCUUUUCGCAACUGCAAAAGUUGCGUAUACAGCUAUUUUGAGAAAGGUUGUUGGAAAAAGUGUGCACGCAACAAUCCCGAAAGGUAAUAUGGGAUAUGAUCGAUACACUGUUGCUGGCGACUGUAGCUGUCGAACCUACUUUUGUUGCUUUCCUUUAGCACUCGCAAACACAUUUCCAUGGCCUUUCGUGCCAAUUCUUUCAAAUUUCUCUGAAGAACAGUGAACUUAAAACCACCCACAAUGCCUUUCGGGAUUGUCGCGUGCACUUUUUCCGACAACCUUUCUCGAAAUAGCUGUAUAACUGCCAUGAUCAUCCUUCAUUUAAUUCUUCACUCCGCAUUUCAAGUAUAUGAUUUUCAUAUAUUCAAAGCUUGAUCUCUUAACUGUUACGAACAAAUCAGUGCACGGUAGAGAGACGGGACAUGGCCAAUAUAAUUCGUAUACCCAACGUUUCGACACAUCACCAAAGCGGAAAGGUCUUUUAGCGUCAGUAGCAUACGGUUGUGGAACAGUCUGCCUGAUGAUAUUAAAAGAAAAAACAGUCUUUCAUCUUGUAAGAAUGCUUUGAUGGCUUAUUUUAGAGAUUCUUAUAUUGAUAUUAAUAAUUUUGAAGCCUUAUUGUAAAUAUAUCUUUGUAUUGUUAGGUCAGUUAAUUUAGUUGAAGGCCAAUGGCUUAUCAGCUUCUGCUGUUAUGUGAUAACUUAUUUUAAUGAUUCUUAUAUUGAUAUUACCAAUUUUUAAGCACUAUUGUAAAUAUAUAUAUCUGUAAUUUUUAGGUUAGUUAGUUUAGUUGGAGGGUCACUGGUUUAUCAGUUUCUGCUGUUAUGUGUUUACCCUCAUUUUAAAAUAAAGUUGAUUGUUAUUAGACUUAAAGUAUAAAUAAAAACCACAGGCCAACCAACCUCUGAUGAGGGAGUCAUUUUGCCAAAUAAUUUCCCUACCGUCGGCUAGAAACGGGCAAAUUAGAAAUCAUCUUGUAUCUCAUGAAGAAAACAAGAAUUGCUUUGGGAAUAUAAUAAAAUUUCUUUUGUUUUACUUCCUCAGGUAUCAAGAUGUAUACAGUCAGGUAUAUAUUAUGGUGAAGGCGAGUGCUCGGUGGCUUGGUGUUCAUAUGGAUCUUCUCUCUGCUAUAUUAAUUGGCACAGUGGCAGUGGCUGCCGCUUUGGUUUCUCAAGAUGCUGGUACGUGAACCAAUAUCCAGUCAUAACAUUGUUUCAACAUUGUGAAAGAGAACUUUAAGUUAAAUACACUUUUUCGCGUUCUUAUAUACAGAGGAAUCUCGAUUUUUCGAACCACCUUUGGAAUAGCGUUGAAAUUGGUUUAAUUGGGCCUUGUCCGGUCCACAUAAAAUCCAUUUGAGCCUUGCUCCGCUACCCCUUGAAUACCGAAAAACCCAAACUUUUCUCUUUUGGCUCAUUAUAAAGCUGAAUUUUACAAAACGGAAACAAAAUCGAAAUUAUUUUUAUCCAAAUUGAACCAUUUUCAACAAUCACAAGGCCAAGUAAACAAAAACAAAACAAAUGUUUCUCUUCCCGCCCACUUCUUCAUUUUUCGGGUCCGCCUUCCUUUUUUAUUAUUUGUUAUUGGAAAAGUUGGAACGCACAAAAACCAAUAGCGGCGGUAUGCCAAAAGAGGGGACACAAGCCAAAGAAGAAAACCAAGAAACUUUCAGGCAGGCUAAAUGAUAAAGCCAAUCAUUCAUUAAACACUGCGUCCUGCUGACGUUUUUAAUGCAACCUACCUAACGAGAUAUAAGUACGACACAUCACGUUGCUGUUUAAAACAUGUACCCUAUUAACCAAAUUUGUGCUUCAGCAAUAUCUGAUGUUUCGUUCAUGAAUAUUUGUCCGAAGAACUCCAUCUUAUCCCUGGGAGAAGGCAAUAAUAAUUUGUAAAGAAAGCAUUAAAUUUAAAAGUAAAUAAAAGUCAGAAAUAACAAAAAAGAUCCCGCCUGCUCUCUUUUUUGAAGAAAGGCGGACGAGAAACAGUUGCCGCGUUUUUUUUUUUUUUUUGCUUGGCCUAACAACUAUUAAAAAACAACUAUUAAUAGUAGCAGUAUUUAGGACGGGUUUUUUUUACCAAAAGCGGUAGGAUGCAAAAUUAAUAAGGUCAGCUGUAACAAAAACUGAUAAACACGUUAAAUAUUCUUUUUCUUUUCCAAUUAGCGUUUGCUGGUCUAGCCCUUGUUUACGUUAUUCAAACUUCAGUUGUCACACAAUACGCCGUCAGGAAAGCCUCAGAAGUCGAGAAUUUAAUGACAUCAGUUGAACGAGUUAUCACGUAUACCAAACUUGAGUCUGAGCCUGGAUACAAAGUGAAACGACUUCCCCCGGAAAAUUGGCCAAGUGAAGGAAAUAUCACAUUCCAUGACGUAUCACUGACGUAUUAUCCGGGGGGUCCUCAAGUACUGAAGAAAAUCAACCUCACAAUCAAAGGAGGAGAAAAGAUUGGUAUCGCUGGUCGAACGGGCGCAGGAAAAUCUUCAUUUGUCGCUUCUCUAAUGCGCAUGCCCGAAGCCGAUGGAGGGAUAACGGUCGAUGAAGUUCGAAUAAAGGACAUAAACCUCUGCGAAACACGACGCUCAAUAUCAAUUCUAGGCCAAAGUCCUGUUCUUUUUAGUGGAUCACUCAGAAAAAACCUCGAUCUUAUGGAGCAGUUUCAAGACGCAGAAUUGUGGUGCGCUCUGGAAGAUGUACAGCUGAAAGAUUUAGUGGAAAGCCUAGAGGGGCAGCUGAAUCAUGAGUUAUUGGAGUACGGGGGAAAUGUCAGUGUAGGAGAACGCCAACUGAUCUGUUUGGCUCGACUGUUGUUACAGCAGAACAAGAUCAUUAUCUUGGAUGAGCCAACUGCACACGUUGAUCCAGACACAGAACAAACCAUCUGGAAGGUCGUUCAUGAGAAGCUGAAGGACUCCACAAUCAUCACUAUAGCUCAUCGUUUAAACACGAUAAGAGACUGUGACAGGAUACUGGUAUUAAAGGACGGACAAGUUUAG